AUGGAGACCCUACUCUCUGUCGCCUUCGACAACCUCUCUUCCUAUGACGGGCCAAAAGUCAAAAAGGGCCUGCGCCAGGUCGAGGGCCUGCUAGCCCAGAUCUGCCUGUCCGCCCACGCGGCCAACCGGAACAAGAACAACAACAACAAGUCCCCAACCACGAGCCCCUCCAAUGGCCCAAAACACCAACAACAACCGGAACAACCAGCGGCAGCGGCAAAAGCGGCCUCCCGGUUCCCACUUUCCGACCUGAGCGGCGACGCCGCCUUCCGCGAGUUCUUCAAGCUGCAGGACGGGUUCCAGUGGAACAUCGCCACGCGCCUGAUCCAGACCCUGGACCGCCUGCUGGCCAAGAGCGACGAUGGCAGCAUGGACCUGCUGAUGCUGAGCGCCCUCGACUCCCUGCAGGGCACCCUGCUGCUGCACCCGCCCAGCAGGCUACUGUUCUCGCGCGAGCAGAGCAUGAACCUCCUCCUCGACCUCCUCGAGCCAGUCAACUGCCCGGCCAUCCAGGCCGCCACGCUCCUGGUGCUGGUCGUCGCCCUCCUCGAGACCCCGCGCAACACGCGCACCUUCGAGAACCUCGACGGCCUGCUGACCGUCUCGUCCAUCUUCAAGUCGCGCUCCACCGCGCGCGACGUCAAGUUCAAGACGAUGGAGUUCCUCUACUUCUACCUCAUGCCCGAGACCCCGUCGCUGCCCCGCGCCGGCUCCGACGGCUCCGGCGCCGCGGCGCUGCUGCAGCGCAGCCCCAGCAAGCUCAGCCGGGCCUUCAACAAGAGGAGGGACGGCGACAGCGGCGAUUCUACCGCCAAUGGGGUCGCCGAGGACAACACCCUGAACCAGCUCGUCAAGCAGGAGAUGCUGCGCCGCCACCUUCCUAAUGUCGACGAGCUGGUCAAGGACCUGCAGCAGUAUGCUCCCUUCGGAGGAGCUGUUGCUUGA